GUUUGAAACAGCAUGUGGAGAAGUAUUUGAUGCCAGAUUUUUCGUCUUUUCUCUGGAGAAGGUUCGGCUACAUGGUGAAGCUACAGGUUUCAUUUUAGAAAUAUGCCUCUAGAUGACUCCAAACAGAAUGAGAAGACUGUGGAAAAAGCCCAUACACUUGUGUUUAUCACUAACACUCAUUUUAUGCAUUUUCAUUAAAAUUGUUUUGAGAGUAAAGGAAGACAUUCUCCACCUUAAUACUCGCUGCCAUACAGGAGUGUCUGAGAUACAGCAACUGACAGUAAAAUAUGGCAUUAGUUGCUCUGCAAUAUAUGACAUGGAACCAGCGGAAGUGGGAAAAUCUUUCGUCGCCCGUCAAAACAAAAGCUUUGUGGGGCCAACUGACAAGAGUAUUGUGAAUGCCACGUCUGAUUGCGAUCGUUUUAUAGCAUCAAAGGGUUAUGGUGCGGUACAAGGCUCUGAGUUUGAGCAUGAAUUUCCUCUUGCUUACUCUUUGGUCGUUCACAAGAAUGCCGAUCUUGUUGAGAGGUUGCUCAGGGCCAUUUAUAUGCCACAUAAUGUUUACUGCAUACAUUAUGACCUGAAGUCUUCAGAUGACUUUAUUUCAGCGAUGCAAGGUCUGGCCCGCUGCAUCCCUAACGUCUUCAUUGCCUCAAAACUGGAGAGGGUGCAAUAUGCAGGCAUCUCACGCCUCAAAGCAGAUCUUAAUUGUCUGUCUGAUCUCCUGGAGUCUGAGGUGAAGUGGAAGUAUGUCAUCAAUCUGUGUGGUCAGGACUUUCCACUGCGGACGAAUGCUGAACUGGUGUCAGAUCUAAAGAAGCUUAAUGGCACGAACAUGGUGGAGACCAGACAGCCUGGUACGAAGACUUGGCGCUGGAGAUUUCGCCAUGCCCUGAAGAAUAACAUAUCUGAAUACUAUGAAUCACCUAAAAACAUUUUUGAGGAGAAAUCCCCGCCACCUCAUAACAUAGAAAUGUUUGUGGGCAGUGCAUACAUUACAAUCUCACGAGAAUUUGCCAUUUUUGUUCGGUUGAGUUCUUUAGCCAGACGUUUUUUAGCUUGGUCUGAGGACACAUACUCACCUGAUGAACAUUUUUGGGCAACUCUUGUUCGUGUGCCUGGAGUACCAGGAGAGGUGCCAAGAUCUGACCCUGAUAUCACCGAACUGAUAAGUAAAACGCGUCUGGUGAAGUGGCUUGGUUUUGAAAAUAUUCAUUACCCACCAUGCACUGGAGUCUAUCAAAGGGAAGUGUGUAUUUUUGGUGCUGCUGAGCUCAGAUGGCUUCUUGAUUAUGGUCACUGGUUUGUUAACAAAGUGGACCCAAAGGUGGAUCCUAUUCUUAUUGAAUGUUUAGAGGAGAAGCUUUUGGAAAAACAAUUGAUGUCAAAACAAAAGUCAAAUCUUUUGGGACUGAAAAGGGUUUGCUCCACACUUUGAAAUGUACAACCUUUUGGAUUUCAUAAUGUCUCCUGUUUACAGUAUACUUUCAAGUCAUCACCUAAAAUUAUCUUUUAACUUCUAUACAUGUUUUUGUUCUGUAUUUUAACCAAUUUGGAUUUCUUAAUUGUAUACACUCUUAAGGUACUAGAAAGUCUAGCAAUGCCAUAGAACAGGGGUCUUCAACUACUCUUCUUCUGGGGCCAAUAUGUAAAUACCCUGUAUGCAAAUAUGACGCUGGCCAAA